ACCGCUGCGUUCUCUCGGACGUCAUCACCGUCCGAAAUCCCUGAUAACGCCAUGCGCAUUCCCGCUCUGUUCUGAAUGGGGGGCUCAGUCCAGCUUCUGACAGCGAGUCCAGUGGUGUAACGUUAACCGUAGACGGUCCACUCAUCUCCGCUGCUUUCAGACACACCGGAAGUCAACGAGCCCGCCUCUCCGGUAGUACACAUUCAUUCAGGUAGUCUGCUCGUGCACUGACAGUCCCAACUAGUUCGGUCCAGAGUGUACUGACUCUUGUCUUCUCAGCCCGGAAAGUUCGUGUAACCGUUACUGACGGGAGAAGCUGUCUCUGUCUGUCCAGGAAUGAGAGAUGAUGGCCGGCUCUAUAGCAGAGGAGAAAACCUUCCGACGGUUCCUGGAGCUCUUUCUUCGGGAGAUGAGAAUGCCUCUGCAGGAGAGCGACCCUCCGCCGAUGCGCCCCUUAUCGGACCUGGUGACUGAAGACGAGGUGGAGGGCGAAUGCCUCGAUCUGUGUCUCCAGCACCUCUACAAAUAUAACUGCCCUUGCUCCCUGGCUGCAGCUCUAGCCAGGGCCACAGCGGACAGCCUCCUGCAGACUGACCUCUCCAUCCACCUCCUCAAUAAGACGGUAGAAGAUGGAGCUGACCCAUUACCACAGAUGGAGUCUGUGAAGCUGGCCUGGCUGGUGUUUAACAGACUGUUUGAGAUGUGCUGCCUCUGGCUGAAGGAGCUGCCUUUCCGGCGCCGUCCACAGCCGUACUACGAAACCUCCAUCCACGCCAUCAAGAACAUGAGGCGUAAGAUGGAGGACAAGCACGUCAUCAUCCCCGACUUCAACUCGCUCUUCAACAUUCAGGAUCAGGAGGAACAGGCUUACUUUGCUGUGUUUGACGGUCACGGUGGUGUGGACGCUGCCGUUUAUGCUGCCAACCACCUCCACGUCAACUUGGUCCACCAGGAGUCGUUCAACCAGGACCCGAUCGAGGCACUCUGCAAAGCCUUCAAAGUCACUGAUGAAGGCUUCGUGAAGAAGGCCGCACGAGAGCACCUGCGUUGUGGCACGACGGGCGUGGUGACUUUCCUGCGGGGUCGGACGUUGUAUGUGGCCUGGCUGGGAGACUCCCAGGUCAUUCUGGUCAGGAAAGGACAGGUUGUUGAGCUGAUGAAACCACACAAACCAGACAGAGAGGAUGAGAAACUGAGGAUCGAGGCUCUGGGGGGCUGUGUGAUCUGGUUUGGUACAUGGAGGGUUAACGGCAGUCUGUCUGUAUCCAGAGCAAUAGGUGACUCAGAGCACAAGCCCUACAUCUGUGGUGAUGCAGACCAUGACGUCUUCCCAUUGGACGGUUCAGAAGACUACCUGAUUCUGGCCUGUGAUGGAUUCUGGGACACAGUGGUUCCAGAUGAGGCGGUGCGGGUGGUCAGCGACCACCUGGAGGAGAACUCUGGAGACACCACCAUGGUAGCCCACAAGCUGGUGGCCUCGGCCCGCGAUGCAGGCUCUAGUGAUAAUAUCACUGUCAUAGUGGUCUUCCUGCGGGACCCGCGCUGCCCACCACCCACCGGCACAGAGGACGAGGAGGAGGGCGUGGCGGAGGGAGAGGUGGGGGAGGAGGAGGUAGCGGAGGUGGAGGAGGAGGAGCAGGAAGAGGAGGAUGAGGAAAGCGAGGCAGUCAGGGCAGAGCGUGAUGGUAGGGAGGGAGGCAGCACUGCGGACAUGGGGGGGAAGGGUCGCGGAGGCUGGCCCCUGCAGCAGUGCUCGGCCCCCGCUGACCUCACCUACGAAGACCGAACAGACUCGUUGACGGACAGAACUAGCCUCAGCCUGCUGGGGCCGUCGCUGGAGGGCCGCAUCUUCCUGAGCGGAGUCUCAAGGCAGCCCUGCCCCGACUUUAGCUCCGACCUUUUCACAGCCUCCCACAUCUAUCGCGAAAAACGCCCGCUGAGGCGCAGGUCCUGUAUCCCCUUUCAGGAGGCCAGCAUCUCUAGCUUCACAGACCCACAGUGGCCCCAGACAUCCAUGCUGUUAGGCCAGGCAGUGAGGCAAAGCCGCAGGCUCGGUUAUGGUAGUCGCCGGUGGGGUCGGAGGAGGCCAGGCGCGUCCAAAGAGAUGCUAGGCCUGUUACCAUCCGGCCACUUGCUGCCGCACAUGCAGCGCCACUCCGACGAGAGGCUUGGAGUGGCGCUGCCUCACCUGCCCCACGAUGCCAACAUCUAAAGAGAUGACCCAAACCAAACCAUCUCCUUCAUUUAUUCAGUCCUGGCCCACACUCCACACCCACUCACCUCUGCCUUCAACAACACAUCUUUCUUUGAUAGUAGGUAGUUGUGGCUCCUGCAGACGUAACGUGAUUAUUGACUUUUUGUUGGAGUGGUGCUCUCUGUCCUAAGCCGAAACGUUUCCAAAUGUAAGCCGGCCCACUAAACGCAAGCCCUGCUCCUUAAUGCUGUAGGUAAAGCCGUAAACUGCAUCCUCUCCAUUGUGACCAUUGAUCAAUGAGAUUGAAGCCAGAGCUUGAAAUGCAGGUUCAUAAGACGUGUUCAGACUGAAUUGUGAAAGGAAUCUUGUAUACAAGAGGCUGGGAAAAGACUUUUAAGAACAAGCACAGUUUACUGUUGGCAGUGGAAAUAACUGAAAGAAUGGAGUUCCAGCUAAAUCUUAAAAUAAAUCUGCGUGUUGUAAGCUAGCUGAGUCUGUAUUGGACUAUGACAGCUCUUCAGUGAUAAGAGAAGCAAAAGUUCUGUUACAUUUAGUCUGAACACACGUUUAAGAUUAAUUUAUAUGCGUUGUCGCUCAACACUCUCGGCAGCGUCUUUAGACAGAAAUGAUGGUUUUGAACAGGAAGAAAAGUAAGGAAGUAAGUAAACUUUAUUUAUUAAGCACCUUUUAAAACCAGGGUUACAAGGUGCUGUACAGUGCAACAAUGAAUAAAAAUAGAAAGAAUGGGAGAUAACAAUAUAAAAACAAAAGAAAACGUAAUAAUAAUAAAAACUAACCGACAAACCGAAGUUAAACACGGUUUGUAAUGAACUCAAACAUGUUUGGCAUUCUAUACUGUAAUUUCUUGUUACUUAUCGGAUGAUAUAUAUAUAUAUAUAUAUAUAUAUAUAUAUAUAAUACACCACUACCCAGACAUACGCUACAUUACGCUAAUAGUAGCCAAAAAUAUUGUCCAUGCCGAUGAAUGUGUUGUGCUUUAGUUGAAAAAGGAAUCUUCAAUCUGUUCCCACAAAGUUGGAAAAAAAAAACUAUUUUCUAAAAUAUUGUAGCUGUAGCGUAGCAUUAAGAUUUCCCUUCAACUGGAACUAAAGGGCCAAACCUUAAAAAAACAGCCCUAAACCAAAAGUACAACAAAAUACUUUUGUGUUAAUCUUUUGUCUUUCCUCCUAUUUAAUGUCACAUUUCUUUUGACACAGUGUGAGGUGACGCAUUUCUUUUGUCUUGAGACAGCUGUCGAGCGACCGAGCAUUAAAUUAAACUCUAAUGGCGUAGCUUACUUCAGCAAUCCCUUGGUGGCAGAUGCAUAAAGCUCAUAGAGGAGGCCGGAACAAUUGUUGCUCCUAGAUUCUGGGACUUAAGGCACAUGCUGUUCUUUCCGCUUCCCCAUACAGUCAAUGACCCAGCCAUUAUCCAGCCACAGUAUGUCUACAGAUAAAAGCACUUAAAACCAGAUUAUAAAAGAUUAGCAGUCAAUUACAUGAAUAAAUGCGUCAUGUAGUCCAGUAUUCCAGAUGGGGAUAUACUCUUGAGAUAAUGUUUUUGAAAAUGGAGGGGUAUUUAAAAAUAUAUUUUUUUGUCAUACUGUAGUUGUUGUUGGGCCAUAUAGCUGUUGCAAAGUAUCCAAGUGUCGUUACUUUUACACAAAAACCCAUUUAACAGAAGUAUUUUCCAGCAGGCUUCAUAAGUGCAAACCAUUUAAUGUUGGGCCUUGAUAGAACACGUGCCUUUCAUAUGUGUUACUAAAGCCUACUUUACACACAUAUUCACUAAUUACUGAAUUCAUGUGUUAAUAAUUAAUCAUCAAGGACAAGUCUGGCUUUCAGUCAGGUCGUAUUAUGACUCUGUGCCACUUUAAAGGAAUAGUUUGACACUUUUCGGAAAUAGGUUUAUUCACUUUCUUACCAAGAGUUAGAUGAUAAGAUAGAUAGCAGUCUAUAGCUGAUUAGCUUAGCUUAACACACAGACUGGAAGCAGGGGGGACAGCUAGUUUGGCUCUGUCCAAAGGUGAAAAUAAAUGUUUUUAGCAGGAUAUAUGUUGCCAUUAAGAGCCAUUUACCUAAAGACUUGUAGCAAAGGGGAAACCGGAAACCACUAGCUUGGAGUACAAAAAAAUCUGCCAACAAUUUGUGGUAUUACAUUUCUGUUUGUGUAUGGAUUAAACAAACAACAUAUAGCGUGCUAGUUUCCAGUCUUUAUGCUAAGCUAAGCGGCUGCUGGCAGUGUACUAGUUUCACUUUUAGUGUGCGGACACGAGAUUAGUAUCAAACGUCUCAUCAAGAAAGCAAAUAAUAAUAUUUUCCCAAAAUGUCCUUUAAGAUUCAUAGUCAAAGUUAUGGUGUUAACAGCAAUAAACAUCCCACUCAGAACCAACUCCAAGAUAGUCCUCCACGUCAGAGUAAACCACCGAGGCUGGCUCCUGUCGCCUCACGGCGCCUAUUAUAAUGGGAUCUUUCUCUGAUCUGAUCUAGAUUCAAAAUGGAGAGCCCCCCUCUCUGCUGUCUAACACGCUGCUGAUAGUGCUGCUGCGCUUCUGUUAUGUUAGCAUUAAUGUUCAAACUCCUUUUAUAAGACUGCACUCGUCUGUAAAACCUGCCUGAGACAUAAUAGCCCUAUCGACAUUCAUUGGUUUCAUAUACCUAACAGCAAAUAUGGCAGAGUUCCUCUUUAAUUCUAAUUCAUAAUCAUAAUUAACAAAUGUAAUCAUCAAAUAAUACUAAUUUAUAUAAUAUAAUAAUAAUAAUAGCACCCAUACCCAGUUAUGUAGGUAGGAUUGAUCUGUGGAAAGACUUCUGUCACUUUUAUUUAAAUGCACACAAUAACAUUAACAUACAGUCGCCAAGUGUGCAACACAAAAGUCGUUAUAUACCAAGUAUGUGGAGAUAUUCAAAGUUUGACAGACCUGCCAUGGCUAAUUACAGUCUCUAUGUAAGCUACGAUUGGACAAUCGCUGUUUAGGGGCGGGGUUUACUGAACGGUCAUUUUGGACACAUAUUCCCUAACAUCCUCAUUCCCCAAAUCUUUAGUUGAUGCAGUGAAUUUCCAAACAUCAGGACGUUAGUAGUCAUGUUUCCAUCUAAUUGUCAAGCGAAUUUUAGGCAAACUUUUAAAAUG